AUGUGACUGUCAUCCAGUGGACGGCGCAGUAGUCGCUCUUCUCUUGGUUGUGCGCUCAGGACUUCGGAAGUGGUCGGACCUGGGAGACUGACAGCAAAUCUGGAAAUGUGGAAAUAACUCCGAAUAUCCUUCGUAGUCUAUGCUUGGACAUUGUGUUGUUACCAAUAGGACAAGUUACCCUACAUUGCGUUAGUGUGGUUUUUUUUAAAACUGUAGCCACCGCUGCUAGCUAGCUUAGCAGCCGAGCAAGGCUGUUAGACAACACAGGUACCGCCGGAAAAGAUAAGACGAGUGCUCCGUACAAAGGAAGGUGGUGAUGAACCGCUUUCGAAAGUGGCUCUACAAGCCAAAGAGAACAGACCCGCAGCUUCUGGCCCAGUUCUUUUACGCCGACGAUGAGUUGAACCAGGUGGCCGCUGAGCUAGACAGUCUCGACGGCAGAAAAGACCCUCAAAGAUGUACACUACUGGUCAACCAGUUCCGCUCUUGCCAGGACAAUGUGCUCAACAUUAUCAAUCAGAUCAUGGAUGAAUGUAUCCCCUGCGACCGAGCCAACAGAGACUUCUCUGUUAAGUUCCCCGAGGAGAUUCGUCAUGACAACUUGGCAGGGCAGCUGUGGUUUGGAGCAGAGUGUUUGGCUGCAGGCUCCAUCAUCAUGAACAGGGAGAUUGAAAGUAUAGCGAUGAGACCCCUGGCGAAGGACUUGACUCAAAGCCUGGAGGAGGUACGCAACAUCACCAGAGACCAGGCCCUGCGCGACCUCAACUUUUAUACAGACCGCAUGAGGGACGCACUGCGACAUUUCGACAGCCUUUUUGCUGAGUUUGAACUUAGCUAUGUUUCAGCCAUGGUGCCUGUCAAGUCCCCCAAAGAAUACUAUGUACAGCAGGAGGUCAUCGUGCUCUUCUGUGAGACGGUGGAAAGGGCGCUGAAGCUGGGCUACCUCACACAAGACAUGAUUGAUGACUAUGAGCCUGCACUGAUGUUUACAAUUCCCAGACUAGCCAUUGUAUGCGGGCUGGUUGUGUACUCAGAGGGACCUCUCAACCUAGACCGGAGAGGGGAGGACAUAUCAGAGCUCUUUCGGCCUUUUCGUUCUUUACUGAAGAAAAUAAGAGACCUGCUGCAGACUCUGACUGACGAAGAGUUGGUAAUGCUUGAGAGGAACCUCUGCAUCUCUCAGGACGGCGAGUUGGCCACAGGCCCCGGACAGGCCACAAAGACCGCACCAGCACCUGUUGAAGAGAAUCAAUCCUCCAGCAGCCCCACAAAUGACACCUCCAUGGGGCCAAGUGAUGACAAGCAUUUGGCUGUUUUUGUCUGCCCCAGCCAGGAGGAGGAGUUGGCAGAAGUGGAAAAAGGCUGGGAGGAAGUGGAAUCUGAGAAAGGGGAGCAGGAGCAGGGCCUGCUGUGUGAGGAGGCAGAGGAAGCUGAACUUGCUUGUUCCAUGCAGUAUGACGAGGAAGAACUGGAGCAGCUCAACAUGAUGGUGUACCGUGUAGGUGACGAAAUGUCCACUCUGCUGUCGCCUCCGAGCCAGGGUCAGUCCCCAGCACACCGUCCCAACCGAGGAGAGACAGGAGGCGCCAGUGGGGCCUCCAGCAUUGAGGCUUCCCCUAUCAGGGUGCUGAGGUGCAGAGGAAGCACAGGAAUCUAUUUAGAGGAAGAAGACAGGGUCUUCUUCAUGGAAGAUGUGGACGCAGCAGGAGACAGAAUCACCUGCAUCUCAAGAGACGUUCGGAGUAGUAUUGCUUUGCCUUCUAAAGCGCCAAUGUCUGCUCCUUCUUUUCAACGGAGUCCAGGUCAGAGGGCUGACUCAGUCGGCAACGGUUGGCACUCUGAGGCACCUUCAGAGCCACCAUGUCUACAGCCAUGCAGCAAAAACACACGCUGUCUCAAUGCAAUGCGCCCACCGUGCACCUCUGCCCCCAGCUCGGCACCUCUGCCUUAUACCAAUGGCUGGGAGGUGGGCCUAGAGGGCAAUAUGAGUGAAACCGCGGAAGUCAUUGCCCAUCGUAUGGGUGGGAUGAAGCUGUCGGCCACUGUCAUUUUCAACCCCCGCUCCCCGAGCUUGACGGAGCUGGCAGUGGACAAGCUGCUGCUUCAGCGGCCAUCUCCCUCAGAGAUUGAACCCUGCGGCCACCUGGUGGCCACUCACUGCCUACUUAACUCAUGUGUUUGCUGCGGGAGCUGUGAAGACGCUCACGAUGACGCUUUCACCUCUGAGACCGCGGGGCUUGAGUUAGGCCUCGCUUUUGGAGCUGAUAAACACUGCAAGACCGCGGCCCCCGGGUCUUUCAUCCAAUCAUCUGCUUGCCGGCUGCCCCCUCGAAGCCGCGAGCCCCUCAGUAGAGGAGAACUCUGCCAGCUGUCUACCGCUUCCUCCCGCUGCUUGAAUGAGCCCCUGGAAGAGGAGGGAAGACCUCAGCUCUGUGAGAAGUGCCUGUUGGGCAUCCCUCAGCUGGAGAAUCACAAUCAGGACUGUAGCAACUGCAGAAGUGAUAAAGACUUCCCAUGCAACCAUCAGGAGACGACUGAAAACAUAGAGGCCGAAAUAGAUAGGCAAGGAGUUAAAGAAUCCAAGAGGAACAACAAAGAGGAGAGCAGGAAGGGCUCCAGCUUUCACAACUCCCCUCUCAGCUCUGUGUCAGGUAGUGACUGUGACAGUGUGUCGGUCACCACAUGUAGUCUAUCCAGCAGUGCUUACACUCCAAGCCCUGUCAGCAGCCUCACUCCAAGUUCAGGCAUGUCAGAGGACCUGGACCAUGAGGAGAUCCAGCUUGCCCUGCAAGAUGCAAAGGUGGCCGUCCGCAAUAAGAUACGUUCACGCUUCCACAGCAGCAGUGACCUUAUCCACCGCCUCUUUGUUUGUAUAUCAGGCGUUGCUGAUCAGCUGCAGACCAACUACGCCAGCGACCUACGCAGCAUCCUCAAAACGCUGUUUGAGGUCAUGGCGACCAAGUGUGAGCAGGGAGACAAUGGUAACCAAAAGAAAGCAGGUCCUGUUGUGCGAAGUGCUGUACUUGAAGACUGUGCCCUCUGUCAGGAGACCAUUUCCUCAUCAGAAUUGGCAGCCAAGGCCCGGGAAGGACACUUUGAAGACCCUCCGGACUGGGUUCCAGAUGAAGUGUGCAGCUUCUGUAUCGCCUGCAAAGCUCCUUUCACCGUCAUCCGCCGGAAGCAUCACUGCAGGAGCUGUGGGAAAAUCUUUUGCUCUCGCUGCUCCUCCAACUCGGCUCCAUUGCCACGUUAUGGCCAGAUGAAGCCCGUGAGGGUGUGCACACACUGCUACAUGUUUCAUGUCACACCUUUCUACAGUGACAAGGCCACUAUUUGAUGCCCUGUCAUUACUGAAAGCACAGCAAAGAAGAUGCAAAGAUGGCAAAACAUCGAUGUCAGCGUGCCUGCAAGGAGAGUCAUCAAAAUGGACGUCGGGGCAGAAAGCAAGCAACGGUCUUACCAGUUUCUGCCUUCUAAUGUUGGAAUGUUAACCAUAUUGUUGGCUCGGUAUGCACAUGUGAUUCACACACUGACAGUGGAGGUGUAAAAGACAGGACGAGGAUGCAAUCAUAGACUUUGAACUGGGAUUUUGCAGCACAACCUUAGAACAGGUCCACCUUUACAAAUACAAAUGAAAGGACUUCCUAUUCUUCAGCGAGCUUCCUACAUUUGUGCCAGAGCUCCCACGGGACUCGGAUUAGUCAAAAGAAUGUAAGUCUUAACAACUAUGUAAAUAAGGAUCAUUCUGUUAAUAACCACACUACAAUGUCUACUACAGCUGCUUUUUACACAGGAACUGGUCAGCAAUCCUCUCCAGCAGUCCAGUCGCAAAAUGAUCAUAGAUUGCUUUUCUAUUGAGAUUUUUGUCAUGCUUUUCAUGGCGAUGAAUGUUAAUUGUGUAUCACUUCUUGAAAUGGGUCAAGACUCCAACACAACGGUUUGCCUUUUUUAUGGGCUGUGCCCAUUGCUGUUAGGUGCACUACGGUAUGUUGGCCACAUGGGUGCUCCUCUGCACUGUCAUCACUGUCUGGUGUUUGAGGCCCUCUAGGGGAGAGUUGAUCUCUCAUCAACACCCAUCAGAUAUGAGUUUGACGCAGAGGCCGUCUUCCCAGGUGCUGGCCUUCAGACUACUUAAUGCUCCUUGUUUUUUUUCCUCUCCUGAUAGUGCAAUAUUGUGUUUACUAAACAUUUAGUAUAAACAACCAUUUCUUGUCUAAAAUGGUUGUAAGCCAUUUCAUAAGCUACCAAUGUUUACGCUAAAUUGAACUGCUUUGAGCUAGACAUCCUUUAUUCCAUUUGCAAUGACAAACUCACGCGCACCAUCUAUCUCCUAAUAUUAUAUUACGUUGGGUACAUUAAGAGUGGGCAUCUUGUCAUUCUGCUGUGACUCAAAGCAGCUUCUCAGGCAUUACAUAAUCAGGAACACUCAGUCUUAUUGUCCACAAAAUUGAAACUCACUUUGAAAAGGUAUGUUUUUAAUUUCUUUCAUAAAGAAUCAAAAUGACAUACGGCGCUAUAUCACUUUUAUGUAUAUUCACAGGGAAUCAUGAAGUAAUUUAAUGCCGGGCUGGUAUCCUACUACUUCAGAGCUUGGUCCUAUUUUAUAAGAUGACACUACAUGUCCAUGAUGGAGCUGUGUUCAAUUUUGAACAAAAUUAUGUUGUUUAAUUUUAAAUGCAAUGUAAAAUGAAAUAAAUGACUUUUCUGGUUUAAAAAUGUUGAUCGAUCAUCUACAAGCGAUUUGGUUUGUAAUUGAUAGAAAUGUUGAGUGUCAAAUAAAGGGAAGCAACCACCACAAGUCGACAAUUGUUCACAUAAAACCCUAAUAAUAAAUAAUUAUAAAU